UGCAACUUGUUGUGCACAGCAGUUAAGCAGCUUUUCUCUAAUCAUCGUUACGUCUUAUUCUCAGAUGACCCCUAUAGAGUUUUUGGGGGUUGGUUACGUCAUCAGGACUAUACCUAUGUCAGAAGGUGCGCAACAACGAGGCAUUAAUUUCUAAAAGUGAGAUAAUUUGAGCCUUUGAAGAAUUCCUCAAUGUCCCGCUUUUUCGCGGCGAAAUGAGUGAAAGAACAAAGUUUAAUAAUUCAAGCCGAAAUUUAAGAAAAUAAAACGAACGUCAGUAUAGGUGUGACGGAUUAAGCAUAGUCAGAAAUUCGUAAAAGGAGAGGCCUAAAAUAUCAUUCUUCACAGUUGACAUUAAUCUUCAUUGGGGUUCUUUUAAUGAAAUAUUUCAAGGGUUUGUGCUAAAAAAAAACUCUCAGUCAGUGCUUUCUGCAGAUGAUUGACUAUAAAAAGAAACCAGUGCGAUGCAAUAUGUGAAAUUUGAUGAAUGAUAUUUUCAGUAGUGACACCACAUAAUAAGUGCGAUGGAUGAAAAAUGAGAUAUUUGUGCGAUAUUUGAACUAUCCCCUGCAUCCUCAGUACGGUCUCUUUUUUUUGAUAUUUGUCGAGCAAAAGAACUUCCCAAACACAUCACACGAAUGGGGACAAUAUGUGGUUCACAAAGUUUCUUGUGAUAUACCUUAUGACUCUCUUCAGCACUUUGGAUGGAUUUUUCUUGGAUAAGCAUGUCACAGGACAUCAUCGGCGAAAAGCCGAAAGUGAUCAUAGGGCUGCACACAGAAAUGCUAUUGCAAUGGGCGAGAGUCAGUUCCUGACGAAAAAUAGCACUCGGAUCGUGAGCCAGAAGGGUGGCCUAGCCAUCCUACCAUGCUCUGUCGCUCUUUCAGCACCUGCCACUGUCUCCUGGUUCCGCAGGAAAGACUUCCAACUGUUGACUGUGGGCCUCCUUACCUACAGCAGCGACGAUCGAUUCCAGGUGGAGCAUACACGGCAUCUGGGUAACUGGGCGUUGCGGAUAAAAGGCUGCCGGAAGGAGGAUGAGGGUCACUAUGAGUGCCAAAUAUCCACACAUCCACCCCAAUCGAUAUUUGUGGAAUUGAGGAUUGUGGAAGCGGCAGCGGAAAUAAUUGAGGCGCCUGAUUUGCAUAUAAACGAAGGCUCAACACUCAGAUUGGAGUGCAAACUCAAGCGAGCAACCGAGAGCCCAAUCUAUGUUUUUUGGUACCACGAUGCUCGAAUGGUCAAUUAUGAUUAUGACGACGGUGUUUCGGUCUCAUCGAGUAAACAUGCCACUUCUAGUGUCUUGACUGUGAGAAACGCAACCAUCCGCCAUGGAGGGAAUUAUACGUGUUCACCUGCCAAUGCCAGGCAAGCCAGUGUGAUUGUCCAUGUCCUCAAAGGGGAAAAACCGGCCGCAAUGCAGCAUCCCAACAAGAGCAUCGAUCACCUGGUUAAUUUUGCCACAUCUUCGUUCUUCCGUGUCCAUCUUCACAUUUUCAUCCUGCUUUUGAUGAGAAUUUGUGUUCUCAAUUGAAAGCACUCGGUGAGUUUCUCACAAGCUAAAAAAAAGCCUCCGGGAGAUGGUACAGAGAAAAAAAGCUCUAUUACGAGUGUUUCGAUGUUGUAAAAGAGGAAAUGAUGAGAAAAAAGACAUGGUGUAUUUCCUUUUUUGGAAAAUAUUUUGGUGUAGGAAAAUAUUUUAGAUGAUAAAAGAAUUUGGUGGAUUUAUGAUGGAAGAGGCAGUGUUUGGUGAAGAGGAUGUUGCGAGGUAUAAAGCUAAUCCGUAUGCAUAAACAUUGGGUUAAAGACGGGUACAUAUACCGCUCUUCCAUUUAACACUUUAUUGCAGCACAUGGAAAAGCGUUUGUGCACAAACACUGAGCCCAACAUGAAAUACUUUAGUCAAAUAGUUCAUUUCAUCGUCAGUGUUAAUAUGAGGAGGCACAGCUAAUGAGAGGAGCAUUAUAUAAUUGUGUAUAUAACCUCAUGUCUUGAGACGCUAAUCUCACGUGUAACGAUGAAGGAUGAAAGAUAUAUCCACAAACAACGGUGAAAGAUGAUGCAUGCAGCUCAAUGUAGAACAUAACAUUAAGAACCUCCCCCUAAAUAUGGUGCUCAUACAAGGGUAAAUUCUUCAGCAAAGAUUUAAUGAAGGAUUUUAAAAAGAUGAACUACAAUGUAUACCAACAAUGAAUUUAUACAUGUACAUUUUUCGAGCACCACUUUUGAAGAUAAUAAUCGGAAAAGGAAUUUUGUAGGAUCACUCUCAUAUAAAAAUAUUCCAUUUUAAUUAGUUUUCUUCUUAUAAAUCAUUUAGAAUUCCAUAUUAUUUGAGUAUGAGACAUAGUAAGGAGA